AUGUAUUUUCGUAGUUUGUUUGCAAGAAAAACAACUGAGAGCAUUAUCAUUGGCGUCACGGUUUUGUUAAUGUGUCACUUUUCUGUCGCUGAUUUACCUUCUGUAAUUUCAAAAUGUCAUCUUGAUGGAAACUUAGAAAAGUGCGCUGAACAGAUCAUCAACAGAAUUCGUCCGAAUGUGGCAAGUGGUGAUUUUGGCAAUGGUGUAAAAGUGCCGUCUUUGGAACCACUUUUACUCAACAAAUUAGUAAUAAAUACCCCCGAGUUAAAUGUGACACUUAGAAAUCUAGUCGUAAGUGGCCCCUCGAGCUAUCAGGUGAAAUCGGUCAAGAUUGAUCCUGCAAAACUGUCAUUUAACAUUAAGACAUACACACCACUGUAUUCCUUCACUGCGCUCUACAACAUUCGUUUGAAGCUUGGGCUUAUCGACAUUCAAGGUGAAGGUGAUAUGAAAGGCGAUUUAAUGGGUCUCAAUAUCCACCUUCGUGUUCAAAUGGCAAAGCAAGGAAAUAUCGUUAAACUGCAAAAAGUGCAGAAUCGUGUAAAAAUUGAUAAAGGAAGAUUCAACUUUAAUAAUUUAUUUAAUGGAGACAAGGUAUUGAGUCAGGUUGGAAACGAUUUAAUCAACAAUGAAUCACCUACGUUACUUAAAAUUGUAACACCGGCCCUCGAAAAGCAAAUUAGAGAAGUACACGAGCAUAUUCUUAGUAAGCUUUUCAAGUCUGUCACUUAUGACGAAUUGUUUUUGUGA